UGCUAUCACUGGCAACUGUGGGUCCUUCAACAAAUUGGACCUUGUAGAUUAAGAAUAGGAUGGGAUCAAAGUUCAUGUGCAUGUAAAAGUAGACAUACAAAUACAUUGGGGAAUUAUAGUGUAUUUUCUGAAACAGAAUAAGUUCAGACAGUAUUACUGCAAGCUCCAUCUAGGGCCGUCCCACAAAUGUCUGAUUGGUUAAUGUGAAAAUUGUGCACCCUACUGUCAUUUAAAUUCACAGUAGGGCGCACAUAACCCUUGAACAAGGUGGCUCCUCCUCAGAAGGAACCAGCCAAAUGAACAUGUCAUCAGUUAAAAAAGUACCUAUUUUUGUAGGGCUCUUAGUAGCAUAUGUCACAGUGGGGAAGCCUGCUUCUCUGUGUCAGAUACGGGGAAAUCCGGAGUUUCCUGUACUGUCUAAAGAAGGAGAUGUGAUGAUCGGAGGUGCAUUUUCGAUCUACAGCGAAAUCACACAGCCUUCACUUUUCUUUACAGAGAGGCCAACAGCUUUUAAAUGUACCAGUAUUAACCUAAGGGAGUUUCGAUUUGCCCAGACAAUGAUAUUUGCUAUUGAGGAAAUAAAUAAAAAAAAAGAUCUUCUUCCCAAUAUGUCUAUUGGAUAUCGGAUUUAUGACAACUGUGCAUCAACAUUAUCCUCAAUGCGUGCAGUAAUGGCUCUUAUGAAUGGUGAUGAGUUGGCUUCAGGGAACAGCUGCUCCGGCCAGUCAGCUGUCCAUGCUAUUAUUGGAACUUCAGAAUCCUCUUCAACUAUUAUCCUUUCCCGCACUGCAGGACCAUUCCAAAUACCGGUGAUAAGUCAUUCAGCCACUUGUGAGUGUUUGAGCAAUAGGAAAGAGUAUCCCUCUUUUUUUCGAACCAUUGCCAGUGAUCUCUACCAAAGUCAUGCACUUGCAGAGCUGGUCAAACACUUUGGCUGGAAGUGGGUUGGAGCAGUGAACAGUGACAAUGACUACGGCAAUAAUGGGAUGGCCAUUUUCCUUUCUGUGGCCCAAGAGAAAGGAGUGUGUGUGGAGUACUCAGAAAAAAUUAACAGGACAGAGCCAGAAAAACUUCUUAAAGUGAUAGAAGUUAUCAAAAAGAGCACAGCUCAGGUGAUUGUUGGCUUUCUUUCAACUUUUGAAAUGAAUAACCUGCUGGAGCAGUUGAGUCUCCACAACAUUACAGGACGCCAAUUCAUUGGUGUAGAGGCCUGGAUCACUGCGGACAGCCUUGUGACUCCUACUAGCUUCAGUGUGUUGGGAGGCGCAUUAGGCUUUGCAGUAGAAAAGGCCAACAUCAGUGGCUUGGAAGAUUUUCUGGUUAGAGAUUUCUGGGAAGCCGAGUUUCAGUGCAAUGAGACAAACACAGAAAGUAUUUUAAAAACGUGCAAAGAAAAUUCAGAUUUUUUUCAGCUAAAAGGUGAUGAUGAUGAUUUGGAAAAGUUGAGAUACCAUGCUAACAUUUACAAAGCCAUCUAUGCAGUAGCACAAUCUCUCCACAACAUAUUGAAGUGUUCAGACAGUCAAGGGUGUGAUAAGGCUCUGGAGAUCAAGCCAUGGGAGGUGGUGGAGGCUCUAAAGCAUGUGAACUUCACUAUUAAGAAUGGAGAAAGAGUGUGGUUUGAUCACACUGGAGCAGCUGUCAACAGAUAUGAAAUAGUGAACUGGCAGCGUGGCUCAGAUGGAUCUGUUGAGUUUAAACCAGUUGGUUACUAUGAUGCCUCCAUGCCCUCUGACCAGAGGUUUGCUCUUAACUCAGAGGCUAUUAUAUGGCCUGGAGGAGGCAAAGAGGCACCAAUCUCAGUUUGCAGUGAAAGCUGUCGUCCAGGAACCUAUAAAGUUCUUCAAAAAGGAAAGCAUGUGUGCUGCUUUGACUGCGUACCAUGUGCCGUUGGAGAAUUUAGCAACACCACAGAUUCUAUUGACUGCAAAAAGUGCCCCAAAGCAUACUGGUCCAAUCAGAACAGAGAUGCAUGUUUACCAAAAAACAUUGAGUUUCUUUCUUUUACUGAGAUUAUGGGCAAAAUACUGGUGAUUUUCACUUUGUUUGGUGUGCUGCUAACUUCAAUAGUAGCCACACUGUUUUUAAAUAAUAAAGACACUCCCCUGGUGAAAGCAAACAACUCUGAGCUGAGUUUCCUGUUGCUUUUCUCAUUGUCUCUGUGUUUCUUGUGUUCACUAACAUUUAUUGGCCAGCCCACUGAGUGGUCCUGCAUGCUGCGACACACAGCAUUUGGCAUCACCUUUGUCCUCUGCAUCUCUUGUAUUCUUGGAAAAACAAUAAUGGUUCUAAUGGCCUUUAAAGCUACACUUCCAGGUAGUAAUGUGAUUAAAUGUUUUGGGCCUGCACAACAGAAACUCACUGUUUUGUUUUUCACUUUUAUACAGGUCAUAAUUUGCAUUCUUUGGUUAACAAUAAAUCCUCCCUUUGCAUACAAAAAUAUGACUUACUAUAUGGAGAAGAUAAUUCUUGAGUGCGCUUUGGGAUCAUCUGUUGGGUUUUGGACUGUGUUAGGUUACAUUGGACUCCUUGCCUUAUUAUGUUUUGUACUUGCUUUCUUGGCUAGAAAGUUGCCAGAUAGCUUCAAUGAGGCUAAACACAUCACCUUCAGUAUGUUGAUUUUCUGUGCAGUCUGGCUCACCUUCAUCCCAGCUUAUUUCAGCUCACCUGGAAAUCUUACUGUUGCUGUUGAGAUAUUUGCUAUUCUAGCUUCAAGUUACGGGAUACUAUUUUGUAUAUUUGCACCAAAAUGCUUUAUACUUGUUCUGAAACCUGAGCUAAACACAAAGAAACACAUGCUAGGAAAAACACAGUGUUAAGCAGUUUCAUGUGAUACACAAUUGUUUCUUUACUUUUACUUGGCUGUUUGUCUAUGUUGUAGGAACUGUAUAUUAAUUUUCUAAAAUUUAAAUGAUCUGUCUUUUCCCUGCUAUGUAAAAUGUACCAUAAUGCUACCAUGAUAUUUUCAAAUAAUUAACAACUUUGAAUAUAUACUGAUGUCAAAAUAAAGUAUCAUUACAUUUCUGUAAUGAUUUAAUGGAUUUAAAUGUGUUUCUAUUAUUAUCCUGCUUAAAGAGCCAAUGAAGAUGUAGUUUAGGUUUUGUGGUAGAGAUUUACUAAUAUUUUAAAGAGGCCCUAUUAUGCAAAAUUCCCUUUUUCAUGGUUUUUAUAUUUCUAUGUGGGUCUCUGAUGCAUCUACAAACAGUCCAAACGCAAAAAAUCCCAAAACAAAACAAAAAAACAAAAAACAUUCAGCAGUUAUCUGGCUAUAAAUUAAUGUUUUAUUUUUUCUAAAAACACACAGUUUCAAAGCUGUGUAAUUGUGACGUCACAAUGACACUGGCACCUAUCAACGUUACCUGAGUUCCACCCCUGACUAGCAACUGAAGCGGAGCUCCACCCACUUGAUUUUCAUUGGAGGAUCAUGUCUUGGCAGCUGUUUUUAUCUUACACACGCUAUACAAUGGCUACCCUCAAAAGCAGAUGUUCUGUUGUUGCCUGCAAAGACCCACAUGUGUCCAUGCACAUUCUCCCGCUGUCGGAUAACAGAGAUUUGUGGCUUCAAUUUAUUUUUGAGGGCAAUGUUCCAGUCACAUUGCCGAAGACAGUACUAGUUGGCGCAAAUAAUUUCACCAUGCACUGCUUUGAUAACUCACAUCAGUACACGUCAGGAUUUGCAGAAAGAGUUGAAGAAAGACUGCAGAAAAGCAUUAGCAAGUCCUCAGACUAUGUUGCACAAUUGCAAGAUAAAUUCGGGUCCUCAUCCAAAUAUUUUUGUGUUUUUGUAUGCAUGUGUUUCAGGUCUAUGCCAGACAAGGGAUUAGCUUGAGCUCCUUAGCAUUGUCAACUCUGUAAAAUGGCUCUCUUCAAUGUUGGUUCUACUUUUAAUGAUGACCAUGUGUAGCUAGAAUCAAAAGUUAAUGUUGAAUAUAAACAGCAAUCGGUUGUAAAUUAUAGGCUGCAGAUUGACUGAUACAUCUUCUGCAAACAUAAACAAGAGUGAAAGAAUGAAUGUUAUGCCUCUCCAUUGCGGCUCGCUGUGUGGUGGGGGAGCCGGGUGCGGCGGGGAUUCCUAGUGUGUGGAGUUUGCGCUGUGUGG